CCUCAGGGCUGUGACGACGGACACUCAAUUUGCGCAGGCCUAUGGUCUCCUUAUUGCCUGUCACGUCGCUCAGGUCGAAACCGUGUGGACAGCCUGGUAUGAUGCGAAUAUCAAUUCAGCAUCUGACCACUACCACCGCGAAAUCGACAAAGCUGUUGGCACCGUGAAGACGUUAUUC